ACUUCCUUCCUCCUGCGUUUGAAUAGAUGCCACAUCGCCUCGCUGUCAGUUCACCGUCGAGCUGCCAGACGUUCGGACGGACGGACCAGCCGCUGCCUUCCACACCUCCACGCCUCCUCGCCACCUCUCCGCACCGCUCAGGUUCCACUGCUCAGCCCAGUCCACAGCAUGGCCGCCCCCACACCCGUCGGUCCAGAGGAGCUGGAGGAACUGAGGGAGGCGUUCAACAAGAUCGAUGUGAACGGAAACGGAUACAUCUGCAAAGAUGAGCUGACGGAGCUCUUCAGGGCCUCCAACCUGGCGCUGCCGGGCUACCGGGUGAGGGAGCUGGUGGAGGAGCUGACCAAGACCAGCGACCAGCUCAGCUUCGACGAGUUCACCCAGGUGGUUCACGGCCUGAGGAGCUCCGACGUGGCCAAAACCUUCCGGAAAGCCAUCAACAAGAAGGAGGGCCUGUGCAGCGUGGCAGGACGCUCGGAGCAGUCCGGGACGCAGCACUCCUACUCUGAGGAGGAGAAGGUGGCCUUUGUGAACUGGAUCAAUAAAUCUCUGGAGAACGAUCCGGACUGUAAGCACGUUCUUCCAAUGGACCCAGGAACCGACGACCUGUUCACCGCUGUGGGAGACGGGAUCGUCCUCUGUAAGAUGAUCAACCUGUCCGUCCCCGACACCAUCGACGAGAGGACCAUCAACAAGAAGAAGCUGACGCCCUUCACCAUCCAGGAGAACCUCAACCUUGCCCUGAACUCUGCGUCCGCCAUCGGCUGCCACGUGGUCAACAUCGGGGCCGAGGACCUGAAGGAGGGCCGGCAGCACCUGGUCCUGGGCCUGCUGUGGCAGGUCAUCAAGAUCGGCCUGUUCGCCGACAUCGAGCUCAGCAAGAACGACGCCCUGGUGGCUCUGCUGCGGGACGGCGAGAGCUUGGAGGACCUCAUGAAGCUCUCCCCUGAGGAGCUGCUGCUGCGCUGGGUCAACUACCACCUGGAGGAGGCCGGCUGCAAGAAGAUCAACAACUUCAGCUCAGACAUCAAGGAUUCCAAAGCUUAUUACAGCCUGCUGGAGCAGAUCGCGCCCAAAGGAGACGAGGAGGGGAUCCCGCCCAUCCCCCUGGACAUGUCAGGGCUGAGGGAGAAGGAGGACGUGAAGCGGGCGGAGUGUAUGCUGGAGCAGGCCGACCGGCUGGGCUGCAGACAGUUCGUCACCGCCACCGACGUCGUCCGCGGCAACCCCAAGCUCAACCUAGCCUUCGUGGCCAAUCUGUUCAACAAGUACCCGGCUCUGAAGAAACCCGAGAACCAGGACCUGGACCUCAGCGCCAUCGAAGGAGAGACCAGAGAGGAGCGGACCUUCAGGAACUGGAUGAACUCUCUGGGAGUGAACCCUCGAGUCAACCACCUCUACAUGGACAUCGACGACGCCCUGGUGAUCUUCCAGCUGUAUGAGAAGAUCAAGGUUCCUGUGGACUGGGACCGGGUCAACAAGCCCCCCUACCCCAAGCUGGGCUACAACAUGAAGAAGCUGGAGAACUGUAACUACGCGGUGGAGCUGGGAAAGAAGGAGGCCAAGUUCUCCCUGGUGGGCAUCGCGGGGCAGGACCUGAACGAGGGGAAUCGAACCCUCACCCUGGCUCUGCUCUGGCAGCUCAUGAGAAGAUACACACUCAACAUCCUGGAGGAGCUCGGAGACGGACAGAAGGUCAACGACGACACCAUCGUCAGCUGGGUCAACGACACGCUGAGCAAGGCAGGAAAAGACACCAUCUCCAGCUUCAAGGACAAGUCGAUCAGCAGCAGCAUGCCGGUUCUGGACCUGAUCGACGCCAUCCAGCCCGGGUCGAUCCGGUACGACCUGGUGAAGACGGAGGAGCCGACGGAGGAAGACAAGCUGCAGAACGCAAAGUACGCCGUCUCCAUGGCGAGGAAGAUCGGCGCCCGUGUGUACGCGCUGCCCGAGGACCUGGUGGAGGUCAAACCCAAGAUGGUGAUGACGGUGUUCGCCUGCCUGAUGGCCCGCGGCCUGAGAGUGUCUUAAUGCUGCACGUGUGUGUGUGUGUGUGUGUGUGCGUGUAUGUGUGUGUGUGUGUGUGUGUGUGAAGAGGAGACGUCCUGGAAUCGGUUACAUUCCUCUGGCAGAGUGAAGCAUCCUGGACUGUAACGUUUGUGCGACCUCGUUCAAAUAAUGUGUGAAGUCAGAUCAGAUUCAUGUUUUCAUAACCCCGACCUCUGGAGUGACGCUCCCCUUCAGCAGCUCUACAGCAGCCGCCUGACGACGACGAUGAUCAGAUUAUCUGGAAUCACAAACCGUCUGCAGCAAAGCAAAGCAAACCUGAACGUUUAACUCUCCAGAUCUUCAUCUGUGACGAGGAAUAAAAAGAUUUUUCUAUCAAAGCUU